UGCCCCCGUAAAGAAGAAUCAAUGGAAUCAAUUGAAUUGACGCUCCGCUGGCCCUCCGGGGGCCACUGCCGUGGAGGCAGACUAGGUAUUACUGUUGAAGAAAGGUUGAUAUUGUAAAGAAAAUUCAAUAACUUUAUCGAGGAAUUUCGACGAGAUAUAUAUAUAUAUACAGCUCACCAGCUCGUUGAACGUCAUUUUCUGCCAAGGCGGUGAACAAAUUUUAGAAUUAUUUGAUGAACUUCAACACAACUUACCGAGUAGAGUAAUCACGAGCUUCAUGAUCAAUCAACUCUUGUCUUAAAUAUCCCAGCCUUCAUCUACUCAAACUCAAUGUUUACCAUCCGAUCAAUAUCGUCAAGUAGGUAUAUUCAAAUACCUAAAAUCAAAACCUUCCAUCCGACAUCAACCUACCAACAGCAAACCCGAACCAUCAAGCUUUUCACCUACGCCGCAACACCCAGCAAAGUCGGCCUACAAAAGCUUGCCGAAUAUAAAGAUUUCAUCCUCAGUGACCCAGAAUCAUGUCAAGUCGAAUUAAUCGAUCCGGAGUCCAUAGAAUUCCAACCGUCACCCACCCCUCACGAUAAAAACCCAACCAUAGCAACCAUAAAACCCAAUCCCAUCAUCCAGACAACAACCCUGAAAAGUAUCCUAGAAAACCACAUGCAAGAUGGAACAUUUCUCGCACCACGAGAAGACGGAAAAGGUUCAAAUCAAUACUAUCUACAAAAAAUUCCCGAGGAAGAAAUCUCCCAUCCGGAACCCACCGCUUCGAUAUCACGGGGUUUGAAAUCCGCUCCCGGAGGAGAUGCCUCUGCGCGACGAGUAAAAUUAUUUCCUUUCCACGCUAUGCAUGAUUGGUAUCAUGUACAAAGACAGCUAAGGAUAGCACGGGCAUGGUUACAGAGUAGUAAGAGAGCGGUUGUAGAAAUCCAUGUCUGUAUUGAUCGGAAGAAAAAUGCAGUUAAGGAUGCAGAGGCGGUAGCGGAGAUUCCCCGUAGGUGUUUACAUUUUCGUCCGGAUGUUAUUGUGAGGGCUAUGCCGAAGGGGACGAAGAUUACGAUUCAGGCGCAGACGAACGGGGAGUAUUGUUGGGUUAUGGGGAGACGUGGGGGAAUGUAGGACUUUGGGGCCUAUCUUUGAAGAAAGUUGGAGAUUAGGAAGCAGAAGUGGUUGUUGGAAGAGGAAGGUGGAGGUGGAGGUGGAGGUAGAGGUAGAGAUCAAGGUGGAGAUGGUUCGAAAGAUGGAAGUUCGUUGAAGCGAAGUCUGGGUGGGGCACUCAAUGGUUGGAGAAAGGAGAGGAAAGAAAAUGAUGGGCCUGUGAGUUGGAGAUCUAUCUGGAAAGAAGAAUAGGAUGGGAGG